CUCAAUUCUGUCCACAUGCCGCACAAUUUAAAACCCAAUCUCUCCCAAAACAUCCGCAUUUCCGAGCCCAGCACUUCCAACGGUUCUCUUUCCAUGGCCGCCGCCUCCUUAGCACUUGCCCACACACCAUUCUCUCGCUCCCCCAACUCCAAAUUAUUCCCCAAAACCCCCUCAAUUUUGUUGCAAAGCUCCCCAAAAACCUCUUCACGCAAACCCUUCUCCUCCUGUCUCCGACCUCCUCCAUCUCGGCCGCCGUCGGGAAGCCGAGGAAUCCCGGCGGCGCGCUUCCGAUUUCUUGUCGCGUAUGAUGACGACGGCGCAAAAUCCAAGAGCCUAAUUCGCCCGAGAUCCGCCGGCGCCGAUGGCGGGCGCACUGCCGUCGGAUUUCCCAAUGUUGUUGGGAUCUUGCAUUUGGUGGCAUCGCUCGGGAUAAUUCUUGCGGCCGAUAAGCUUCUCAAGCAGGCUUUUGUUGCUGCUGCUAUAAAAUUCCCGAGCGCUCUUUUCGGGAUGUUUUGCGUGUUCUCGGUGCUGAUGGUCUUGGAUUAUGUCGCUCCGUCUGCCGCGAUGGGCUUGAUGGGUUUCUUCGAGCCGGCGGCUUUGUUCAUCCAGAGGUGGCUUCCGCUGUUUUACGUCCCGUCGCUCGUGGUCUUGCCUCUUGCCGUAAGGGAUAUCCCGGCGGCUUCGGGGCUUAAGAUUUGUUUGAUUCUAGUUGGUGGCUGGUUGGCUUCGCUUUCUGUUGCAGGGUACACAGCCAUAACCAUAAGAAGAAUUGUGAAGACAGUAAUGAUCCCAGCAGAACCCAUGACAAGACCUUCUCCAUUUACAUCUGUUGAACUUUGGGCUUGGACCGCAAUUUUUAUUUCAACAUUUAUUCUUGCACUUGUAAGCCCAAUAGCACUUGGUACAAGUGCAAGAACAUGCCUUCCAUUCCUUCUUGCUGCUACAGUUUUGGGAUACAUGGUUGGUUCUGGAUUGCCAUCUAAUGUCAAGAAGCUAUUCCAUCCAAUUAUCUGCUGUGCAUUUGCUGCAGACUUGGCAGCACUGGCAUAUGGGUAUUUCUCACGGUCUGGAACGGAUGCUGUUCUAGCUGACUACCUUACCAAAGUGUCAUCAAAUCCUGGGGCUGGUGAUAUUCUCAUGGGUUUUCUGGGAUCUGUCAUUAUUUCAUUUGCUUUUUCAAUGUUCCAACAGAGAAAGCUUAUGAAGAGGCACGCAGCUGAGAUUUUCUCAUCAGUGAUUAUAGCAACUACCUUCUCUUUGUAUUCAACUGCCAUCAUAGGACGUGCUGUUGGAUUAGAAUCAACUUUAACGGUAUCAAUAUUACCAAGAUGUAUUACUGUGGCUUUAGCUCUCAGCAUAGUAUCCUUGUUUGAAGGUGCAAAUUCAUCACUUACUGCUGCUGCGGUGGUUGUCACUGGUCUUGUUGGAGCAAAUUUUGUACAAGCUGUGAUGGAUAAACUUCAGCUGCAUGAUCCUAUAGCUAGAGGAAUAGCAACAGCUUCUAGUGCUCAUGGAUUGGGAACAGCAGCAUUGUCAGCCAAGGAACCUGAGGCUCUUCCAUUCUGCGCCAUUGCUUAUGCACUGACUGGAAUAUUUGGCUCCUUGCUCUGCUCCAUCCCUGUUGUGAGGCAAAGCUUACUUUUUAUAGUUAAGUAAUCUCUUUAUGUUGCUUAUAGGUGGUUUGGCUGUAAAUUCCCCAAACUAUUUGUUUGGGGUGUACAGACUCUAAUGGAGGAAUCAUUGAAUGCACAAAAGCUAUUUGACAUAUGCAAGUCAAAAUUUUUUUGUAUGUGACUGAAAGCAUAAAGCUUGGAAGGGGGAGGUGCUAUAUACCUAUGGACACUACCUGGCAAAUCCA